CUCCACCCCUCUCAGCAGAGGGGGUCUGUGAGGAGGGUCAUCAUAUGCCAUCAACUACCCCUCCUCCUGUCAGCUAGCAAAACCCAUCGUGCCCUGAAAGCUCCAGCUCCUAAACAGCAUUCUACAUGUUCGCAGAGGAAAUGUAUUUUACCUCCUCAUAAGAUUCAUUUUUCUUUUUUUGAACGACUUUUUCACGAGUUUGUUUGUUUGUUUUCUCGUUUUUUCCUUAAGGGGUUUGUUGUUUUUUUCACCUGCAUUUUCCUCCUGUUAGAGGCGGUGUCUUGUGAUGUCCUCUGGCGAUGGCUUCUCUCUCACUCACUGGACGUUUUAUUUUUGUUUUGAGGCUUAAGUCGUGAGUGUGUGGCUGCUUCGGGCAGUGCUCGUGUUGGUGCUUUGGAGAGCAAUCGUCUUUGCAGUUGUGGUUGCAUACCCGAAGGUUGAGAAGCUGUGAUGAGUGGAGAAAUACAAAGAGAAGAGCAUGCUGUGAGAGUCUUUGGCUCUGGUUUCGGUUGAGCUGCGACCAGGUCAGGUGCCGUUGGUGGAGGAAGCGUGAUACCGAAGUGUGGAUUCUUUGCGCUGAUUUCGGUGUUGCACUCAACUGCACUGUAGACACAGUUUUGUUUUGAAAUGAUUUCUCCUGUAGUCCUCCUUCCGUCUCAAAUCCUGCCUUUCGAUCGACGAGCGAGUGAGGACGUAUCUCCAUAGCCUGUUGCCGUUGAAGUCACAGCUCCCGCUCUCGCUCUCUCCCUCACUCUCUCUUCCGCUCCGUCCUCUGAGAAUCAUGUUGGGGGAUUUGGCAUUUUUGCUAGAUCAACAGCAUUUCAACUCAUACAAAAUUUGAGUUGGCAUCAAAGCAAUAAUUUUUUAUUUGCGGUUAUGGUAAGUAAGCUGCACUGCAAGUCUUCGAUUCGAUCUCCUGGUCACUUCUGUUCAUACUUUUGGUAUAUUCAGUUGAACAUGAGAGGCGUAUGAGCUUCACAAGAGUUGCGGCGUUAAAUUUGGGACGAUGCUUAGUUACCUCGCAAACGCUUUCUAGGUUUUCCUGCGCUCGAGAGGAUAUGGCCGUUUUACAUCCAGUAUUUUUGCCUUUCUUAAUACCAGCAUGCAGGUGCCCAUUUUUUGCCAGACGAAAGACAGCCAGCUCUCCUCGUAACGCUUCUCUGAUUGCCACUCUGGAGGUGUAGUAUCCUGCAGUGAAGCAUCUUUUUUUCCACUUUCGAGCUUUCGUCAAGUCGGUCCCGUUGGACUGUAUUCUGCCCUAGAAUGUUGGUAAUGUUGUCAGGACCAUUGUUGCGUGUCGACAAUGUUAAGGAACGGUGGGGACUGGACUCUUUACACCGAAUUUGAUAGUGAUAGAAAUUGAGCAGGGACAAUAGUUGCCUUCAUCGGGGUUUGUUAUCAUCCGUAGAUCACGCUCUGACGAGCAGGAGCUACGCGAGAUAGCAAUCCUUCAAGUUCAUAUAAUCGUCAGAUCAGGAAUAUGUUCCUAGCUUUCUCCGCUCUCAGCUCGUUUCCGAGAUUAUUGACACGUAAGCGAAUCAAAGGAACCGCAUGCUGCGAAGUGGGAGGCAGCUGAUAGUCGGUGCAUGAUUUCACAAUGUGCUCCGUUACCCAAAGUUCCGACAGUUGCAAAGAACGAGACGAAAAGGGUUAGGGUGCUGUCAUUACAACGUUCACCAAAAAUUCAGUUGUCGAACUCGGAAGACGGGAUAUAAUGGCGACGCUCACGCCAGGAAUUUUAAUUAAGCUACUGCAACACAUCAAUUCUGACGUGAAGGCGACAGGGGAGCACCGAUCAGCGCUCUUGCAAGUGAUAAGUAUCGUCCCCGCACUCGCAAACGGAGAACUUUGGCCGAACCAUGGCUUCUACAUCAAAGUUUCAGACUCCUCUCAUGCGACAUAUGUAUCUCUCGCUGAAGAGCACGAUGACCUAAUUCUUAGUGACAAACUGCAGCUCGGGCAAUUUAUUCACAUAGAUAGACUAGAGGCCGGCUCUCCGGUCCCGCUGCUGCGAGGAGUGCGUCCUCUUCCUGGUAGGCAUCAAUGUGUAGGUACUCCUGAGAAUCUGAUUGCUACCGUUGUACCCUCUCCACAAAGUGCCUCGCAGAAGGGCCAAAGUGGCAGACUGAGCGAUUCGUCGUCACCAGACAAGCCUUCAACGCCGAAGAAGAAAUCUUCCAGUAUCAGGUCUUCGUCUGAUCGAGCGGAUCGACUGUCGCUCAACUCCUGCAGCUUCCAAGUGCAGUACGAGGAAAUGACAAUUUCUCCAGACAGAUCCUCGUCAGCUGCUAGGAAAUUUGACACCGAACUCGCCGAGCGUCUUGCUCGAAGCGCAAGCAUAAGUAAUCCAGUAGCUAAGGAGAAUGGCACCGUUGGAACUCCGACGAAGAAGAUAGAGGAUGCUCCAAGAUCUCAGUCGCGACCUAGAGGUCGCAUGGUGAAGUCCAGGAUUUUUUCUGAUCAUGCUUCCACUAAGAGUACUCCUUCUCCGAAUACGCUCACAGAUCAGAAAACGCCAUUGAGCCCAAAACCGGUGAGUGGAGUGCGUAACAGCCGAGUUUCGUACCCCGAAGACAGGAAAAUUCCUUACAAGGAUACUCCUACAAUGACCGUCGCAAUUAGGUUGAAAUCCCCUGUAGUUAGAAGGUCUAUCAGUGCGGGAAAGGGGUUGGUGAAAUCAAGCUUAGCAACAGAUACGAACAAGAAACACUCACUAGGUGGAUCACUCAACAGCGGAGCGUCUCUUACUGGUAUUAAACCAGUUGCAAGAAAGAACUGGGAAGGAGCUGUGAAGGAGAAAGCUGCUUCGAAGGAAGCUAACACCAAUGGCAACAAAAUCUCGGGCACUGUGCGGAGACCGAGAGACAGCACCCGGAAUGCUGCAAUAACGAAGUCUCCGACGCUUGAGAAGAGUCUGACAUCGGUCAAACCAACAUCUGCACUGACGAGAAGCAGUCUAACAAGUUCACAGGAUUCAAGUAUACCUCCAGCGAAGAGGUUGGCCUCUUCUGUAGAUUUCUCGGGAGGACAGAAAGAAGUAGCACUCAACAAGAGGUGGACUGACGGCAGCGUCUCUUGGGAUUCACUUCCAGCAUCUUUAGCGUCUCUAGGCAAGGAAGUUUUACAGACGCGUGACAUCGCUUCGGCAGCUGCUACCCAAGCUCUUCAGGAAGCCUCUGCAGCUGAAUGCGUCGCUCGAAGCUUGAGCAUGUUUGCGGAAAUUUGCACCACAGCAAGGAUCGACUCGCCUCAAGCAACGGUGGAGCAGUUUUUAAGCCUUCAUCGCACGCUCUCCGAAGCUGUGACCAUCGCUGAGUCCCUUGUUGCAUUCCACAGCAGAUCUACACACUGCCGCGAUGAUGAGCCAAUCUCACCAAGAGCUCAAACCGCAACUUCUCAGAGCUAUCAAGCCGCCUCGACCUGGAUAAACACCGCUCUCGCAUCCGACCUGGCCGGGUUCUCCCUCCAAACGAGACAAGACCGCCCAGUCUCCGUCCGAAGCAGCCUCCACCAAACUGCCCAACAGCUCUCAAUUCUCCUCGAAGCUCCUCACGGCGCUGGUCUUAAGCUCAGCUCCACAACUCUUCCCGCCGCCAUGGCCAUGGUCGCAAGAACCACGACCGCAUCCCGGCCCGCCCUGUCCUCCGUCCCUCAAACCGAUAUCUCCAAUCUCAGGCCUAAAGCCUCAAAGGUAAUUCCUCCGCAAUCUCCAGCAAAAUUGACCUCUCCCGCCUCUCCAGCCAAGCGCUCUUCCAUCCAUGUCCCACUCCGCAACGGCCUGUUGGCAAAAUCCUCGAAGGGAUCCUCCAUCGCGAACAUGCCUUUGGAACGAGCCUCCCGCCUGCAGCAGAUGGUGGAGCUAGGCAAGCAAGUGCAACUUGAAGCGCAGAGAUGGUUUUUGAUAUUCAUGGAGAGCGCUCUCGACAGCGGGUUUAGAAUUUCUAUGAAUAAUGGAAAGGCGGGGGAGGGAAAUGGAGUGGUGAGCCGGGCCGAUAAUAGCCAGAUUGCUUCCAUGCUGUCGCAAUUGAAGCAUGUGAACGACUGGCUGGAUGGAGUGAGGGAGCAAGGCGAGGAGGACGAGAGAAUUGUCGACACAAAGGGAAGAUUGAAGCGGAAGAUUUACGAGUUCCUUCUCCAGCACGUCGAGUCCGCUGCCUCCGCCUUGGGCAAUGUCUCGUCGGUGCUUGUCACUGCGAGAACCCCUGCUGUGAAUGCAAUGUAGCUUGUCGGUAUCGCUUGCAAGUUUCGCGUAUACUGUUCAUAUUCCCUCGACAGCAAUUAACAUGCUCGCCGCUCCGCUUUUAUUCAUUGAACGGGUUUUGUUUUUUUCCCAUUGACAGUUUUGAGAAAUAUACUACGGUUUUUGUAUUAUUGUUA